CGCCUCAGGCAGGCUGCUAACGUAGUUAGCUGCUUCUGUUAGCUUAGCUGUGCUGCUGUGGGAGGCUGAUGGAGCCUUAGCUCGGGGUUGGUCAGGCUGGCUGAGGAAACAUUUCUGACUUACUGUGUGCUUUUCACUACCUGCACAAGGAAGAGUUGUAAUUGUACCGCUGCUUAAAACAUUGUCACUGAAGAGUCUAAGCGGAAAAAUGAUUAAAUCCUUUAUUUCUCCAGCUUCACGUGAAAUCCCUCAGCAGUAACCGCAAGAUCCGUGUUAUUGACCGCUGAUCCCACACAACACAGAAAGGAUGAGUAGUUCAUUUUAACCUUUAUUACUUUAUUACAGCCAGGACAUUUGUGUCAGCUAAACUUGGAGGAAACCGUUAAAACGCAGGCAAAAAGCCCACGAUCGACCGAUUCGUCAGUUGUUUAUGCUUUAAAAUGGCUGCUGGGAGACUGAAGUACAGCUGAUUUUGUUUAAAGAUGCUCUGGAGGAUUGUAAGGCCGUUGUGUCUGACACUGAACGAUGUGUGACUUUGAGGAUUGGUGCAGUAUUGAGGACUUUUCCAGCAGGAUGUAACGCUGGAUAACGCAGGAAAUUCAUCCUCUUGGUCAAAAAAACAACAACAACAACAAUGAGGCAAAACCGGUGGCUAUCAGAACUGAGCUGAUUUUAUCCCACUGACUUUUUUUAUGUAUUUAUGAAGGAUUCUGUGCACGUAAAUGGCGUGUUUUUGUUUUAUUAUUUUGCUACAGUUUUUUUUGUAAGAAGACCAGGUUUUUCUCUACAGAGAUGGACUUAACGGAUACGUCGUGUUGGUGAAGCCUUUUGACUGCUAAUUGAAACAAUCUGGAGCGCCUGAAAAGGGCCUCGUUAUAAUCCUAGAGAAAUGGAUGUGAGGAAAACGAUGAGGACUGAGAUGUUUUGUCUCAGACAGAUGGCUACGUCCAGGUUUGUGCUGCAGAGCAUGAACACGUACCUGCUACUUUGUGUGAUGUUGUGCCUUGUGAUGGCUACAGACGCGUCUCCGUCUAAAAGCUGCGACAAAAACUGUCUGUCUGGGAAAUGCGUGAACGGUUCGUGUGUGUGUGAUCGUGGAUGGGUCGGGGAUCAGUGUCAGCAUUGCCACGGCAGAUUCAAGCUGACCGAUCCAUCAGGGUACCUGACAGACGGCCCCAUCAACUACAAGUACAAAACCAAGUGCACGUGGCUGAUCGAGGGCUACCCAAACGCUGUGCUGAGGUUGCGUUUUAACCACUUUGCGACCGAAUGUAGCUGGGACCACAUGUACGUCUAUGACGGAGACUCCAUUUACGCUCCCUUAGUAGCUGUGUUCAGUGGUCUCAUUGUACCAGAGGUUCCAGGGAACGAGACCGUCCCUGAAGUGGAGACCAACUCUGGCUAUGCACUCCUGCACUUUUUCAGUGACGCAGCCUACAACCUGACCGGAUUUGAGAUCUUUUACUCGAUAAACUCGUGCCCAAAUAACUGCUCAGGCCAUGGCAAGUGCACCACCUCAAACUCUAUAGCGAGCAGAGUGUACUGUGAGUGUGAUAAAUACUGGAAGGGCAAAGCCUGCGACAUCCCUUACUGCAGGAACAACUGUGGCAGCCCAGACCAUGGCUACUGUGACCUCACCGGGGAAAAGCUGUGUGUGUGCAAUGACAGCUGGCAAGGUCCGGAUUGCUCUCUGUCAGUGCCCUCUACUGAGUCAUACUGGGUUAUGCCUACAGUGAAGCCUUUUGGUACAUCACUAGGCAGAGCAUCCCAUAAAGCAGUGGUUCAGGAAAAGGUCAUGUGGGUUGUCGGAGGCUACACUUUUAACUAUAGCAACUUCCAGAUGAUUCUAAAUUAUAAUCUGGACAGUGGCACCUGGAACACUGUGGCUAGCAGUAACGGGCCAGUGUCGAGAUAUGGGCAUUCUCUCACACUCUAUCAGGAUAAGCUCUACAUGUUCGGGGGCAAGUUGGAGAUGGGCUCGGGCAACAUAACAGACGAAUUGUGGGUGUUUAAUAUGCAGACAAAGUCAUGGGCUCAACAGUCUCCAAGCACACCGGCUCACGGUCAGGUCUACGCAGUGGAGGGUCAUUCCGCACACACAGCCGAACUGGAAACGGGAGACGUGGUAAUGGUGGUCAUCUUCGGCUACUCCUCCAUCUACAGCUACAUCAGCAACGUGCAGGAGUACAACAUCAAAACAAACACAUGGUUGGUUCCUGAGACGAGAGGAGCCACAGUUCAGGGGGGUUACGGCCACAGCAGCAUAUAUGAUGCCGGCACCAAGAGCGUGUACGUCCACGGAGGCUACAAGUCCCUGCCUGCUAAUAAGUAUAGCCUUGUAGAUGACCUGUACCGUUAUGAGGUGCACACUCGUGUCUGGACUAUUCUGAAGGAGAGCGGUUACCCUCGUUACCUCCACUCGGCUGUGCUGCUAGGAGGAACCCUGCUCGUCUUUGGGGGAAACACGCAUAAUGAUACGUCCCUAAGCAAUGGUGCCAAGUGCUUCUCUGCUGACUUCCUGGCCUAUGAUAUCGCAUGUGACGAGUGGAAGGUUCUCCCCAGACCAAACCUGCACAGAGACGUUAAUCGCUUUGGCCACAGCGCUGUCACCAGUAAUGGGUCCAUGUAUGUGUUUGGCGGAUUCUCCAGUGUGCUGUUGAAUGAUGUGCUGAUCUACAGGCCCCCCAGCUGCGAGGCGUUUGUGGGGAAAGAGCGGUGUGAGGCUGCAGGUCCAGGGGUGCGCUGCGUUUGGAGACAAAUCCGCUGUCUCUCCUGGGAACCCAGUUUUUCCACAAGCACACCUGAGACCUUCUGCCCUGCCAAGCCUGCUACAGUGGAUGAGAGAUGUCACCGCUUCUCCGACUGCACCAGUUGUACCGCAAACACUAACGGUUGUCAGUGGUGUGACGACAAGAAAUGCAUCUCAUCCCUCAGCAACUGCACUGCCGGUGUGAGAAACUUCACCAAGUGUUCGAUCAGAAAUGAGCAGAUUUGCAGCAAGCUGGCUAACUGCAAGAGCUGCACCUUAAACCUUAACUGCCAGUGGGAUCACCAGCAACAUGAGUGUCAUGCUCUCCCUGCCAAGUUGUGUGGAGAAGGGUGGAGUCAAGUGGGCGAGUCCUGUCUGCGUAUUAACUCAAGCCGAGAGAGCUAUGACAAUGCUCGGCACUACUGCAAGAACCUGGGUGGCAUCAUCGCCUCUCUUUCCACCGCCAAGCAGGUCGACUUUGUUCUCGGGGAACUGCAAAAGUACCAGCAGCAAGAAAAGAAGUUGUUCCCCUGGGUGGGCCUGAGGAAGAUUAACGUGUCCUACUGGGGAUGGGAGGACAACACUCCUUUCACAAACACUUCUCUGCAGUGGCUGCCUGGAGAGCCCAAUGACUCAGGCUUCUGUGCCUACCUGGAGAGAGCGCAUGUCUCGGGGCUCAGAGCAAAUCCCUGCAACGCCAACACAGACGGCCUCAUCUGUGAGAAAGCAGUCGAGAGCCGGAACGCACGGCCGUGUAAGACGCCCUGCUCGCUGCAUGUGACCUGCGAGAACUGCACCAGUCAGGCCACAGAGUGCAUGUGGUGUGGCAGCACCAAGCGCUGUGUGGACUCCAACGCCUAUGUCAUCUCUUUUCCCUAUGGCCAGUGUCUGGAAUGGCAGACUGGAGACUGUGUGGCUCAGAACUGCUCUGGCUUUCGGACAUGUGGUCAAUGCCUGGAGCAGCCUGACUGUGGAUGGUGUGGGGACCCAACUAAUACAGGAAAAGGACAGUGUGUGGAAGGCUCGUACCGCGGCCCUAUGAAGAACCCACACAAAAACAGCCAGGACAUGCUGCUGGAUACGACUCUAUGCCCCAAGGAACGAGGCUACGAGUGGGCCUUUAUCCAGUGCCCUGCCUGUCAGUGUAAUGGCCACAGCACUUGUGUGAACGGGAGCGUAUGUGAGCAGUGUCGUAACCUCACCACCGGCCCACACUGCGAAACCUGCAUGCCUGGUUAUCACGGCGACCCCACCAACGGAGGGAAGUGUCAAGCCUGUAAGUGCAAUGGCCAUGCCAGUGUGUGCCAAGUGCUGACGGGGAAGUGUUUCUGCACCACCAAGGGAAUUAAAGGAGACCAAUGUAACCUUUGUGAUUCGGAGAAUCGUUACCUUGGCAACCCUUUGAGAGGAACCUGUUACUACAACCUUUUGAUUGACUACCAGUUCACCUUCAGUCUGCUUCAAGAGGAUGACCAAUAUUACACUGCCAUUAACUUCAUGGCCACUCCAGAACAGACCAAUAAAAAUUUGGACAUGUCCAUCAACGCAUCCAACAACUUCAACCUCAACAUCACUUGGUCUGUUGGAUCAACAGCAGGUACCAUCUCUGGAGAAGAAGUUCCAAUUGUGUCCAAGACCAACAUUAAAGAGCACAGGGACAGCUUCUCCUGUGAGAAGUUCAGCUUUCGCAGCAAUCCCAACAUCACCUUCUACGUCUAUGUCAGCAACUUCUCCUGGCCUAUUAAAAUACAGAUUGCCUUCUCGCAGCAUAACAGCAUCAUGGACCUGGUGCAGUUCUUUGUGACAUUUUUCAGCUGUUUUCUCUCGCUGUUGCUGGUGGCUGCAGUGGUGUGGAAGAUCAAACAGACCUGCUGGGCCUCGAGACGGAGAGAGCAAUUGAUGAGGGAAAGGCAACAAAUGGCAAGUCGUCCCUUUGCUUCCGUUGCCAUGGCGCUGGAGGCGGAAUGUGAUCAGGUGGAGCUGCUACAAGGAGGAAUAGAGGCUCCCCCCAAACCUAUAGCCUUGGAGCCGUGUUCAGGAGGCAAAGCAGCAGUUCUGACCGUGCUCCUGUGCCUCCCAAGAGGACCCUCAGGGUUUCCACCUCCUGGACAGUCAGGUAUCGCUAUAGCCAGUGCACUGAUCGACACCUCACAACAGAAGCCCAUGGACUUUAAAGAGAAGAAUCCAGGCUUAAAGAACCGAAAAGCUCUGCCUACAGCUCACCAGGGCACCUGUGUGUGAGGCUCAUUCCCCUUGUGGCUGCCAUCUUACCUGAACAGUCCUUUUCCAAAGAGCUGCGCUUUGUUCCACUGCUGUGGGGCAUCGGCAGCAUCUGUUUCCACAGAGAGAUCCCAACGAUGGGGUUUUGCUAGGUAGCAGAGUGCUUCGUCCUCCUCCUCCUCCUCCUCCUCCUCUUUAACACUAAACCUAUAUCAAACUCCUCCUGCACUACAGCAUGUGGAUCUCUCAACACACUUCACUAUUCCUUCUGCCAAUCAGCUACUGUAUGUCUCACUAGAAGUCUUUUUUUGGACAGAGCAAAAAACCUUUUCCAAAGUAUCUAAAUUCAGUCCUAUCCGAGGUUCAAGGCUUUAGUCUGGACCUCCUUAAACAGCUUCAUAGUCUUUUGAGCUGGACUGUAAUCUGUAAAACAAACAAACAAACAAACAAAACUGGCCCGUCUCCCUCUCCCCUACAGCAGUGAGACUGCCGUCCCUCUCAUCUGAUUUGUACCUUAUAGUGAGGACAGAGGAAGUGCGAGAUCUCCGCUGCUUACCCAGCAGUCGAGCCUUUCACAGGUGACGUUAUAGACUUUUGAUGGUAUUGUAUAUGGGUGUAAAGCCCGUUUCUUUGCUUGCCAAGUACACUCUGUGUUAGCUAAAAAGCUUCUUAUUUACCAUUAAAUGCAUUUGUAACCAAGUCGGGCUUUUCUAGUUCAAAUCCAAGUUCUGUCUUACUGUACGUAGCACAGAAGAGCUGUUAGGUUUGUUUAAGCUAACAAAGUUUUGCUGCUGGUUAUAUAUAAGAUUCGAAAGAAAUCGAUCAUGUUUGACUAAAAAAAAAAAUAACAUAUAGCAAAGUUUCUAUGUUUCAUCUGUCUGCUAUUCUUGCAGAGCUUUUGCAUGACAUACACACUAGAUGCUUUAAAAGUCUUUAAGUCCGAAAAAGAGUCUAUAUUGUUUUAGCCUAUAAAACAGUGGUUGGGGAAAAAUAACAUGCAACAUUUCCAGCCAUAGAACCCGACACUGAUGUGAUGAACUCGUUUAAAUGAGAUGUGACACAGUGGCUCAGUUGUAUAGUAUUCUUAUUAUGUAAUGUUACUGAAAACACGACUAGGAAAGUUUUUGUCUUAAAUUUUUUUUUUUCUUUUUUUUUUCUUUUUUUUUGAGAACGGCUUGGUACUGAUUGAAAAAAGGAUCGCCUCGUGGUGUAAAACAUUUCUUUAUAAUGGAUUGUCAGUCUCUUACGUUUCACAUAUUGUGAAUGCAGCAGUUGGACUUUGGGCACUGUUGAGGCUGUCAGUGAUGGAAUUUAACUCCACAUGCUUCAUCCUGAUCUCACAGGAAUCCCACCAGGACAGGCUUUUCCACAACCCAUGCACUUUCUUCCUCCAGCUGAGAGCGAGCCAUUAGCAAUAUUACCAAUACAGGACCCGAAGAAGAACGCUCGUGAGGAAGUGUACUGCGCUCUUCCACUCAUGUGCUCGUGUAACCCACAAACAACUCAAAUGUGAAUCACUUGCUUCUUCAUCUAGAUAUUCUAAUGGUUAUGUUCACAUCUGGAUUUUAUUCUUGUUUUUGUUUUUGUUUUUUUUUUAUUAAAGAGCAUUUAAAGGUCACAUUUCUUUUAGGUCCAUGCUUUGUACAAUACCCAUUGUGGUGGUGAUGAUGAUGAUGAUGAUAAACCAUGUCUUUUACAAUGUAUGUGAGAAAGAAAUGUUAGUUUUGUUUUGAUAACUGAUUCUUGUGUAAUACCUCUGUUUUGUACUUUAGUCGUCGACGUCCUGUAACUAGCUUUAUUAACCAGUUUUUCUUAUUCUGCAUACGGUUGCAGUUUAUUGCAGCUGUUCGAGGAGACUACUUUGGGCAUUUGUAGUUACUUUCAGAAGUCUUCGGUGAAUAUGAACGAUAUUUUGAUCAGGUUUUUUAUUUCAAGCCUGCUUUUGAAUGCGAGUAGUUGUAUGCCGUAGGAGCACAAUGUACAGUCCCGUUACACAGGAAUCUCACUGUAAAUCGUCACAAAAUGUGGAAUAUGAAUGAAACACUCAUUCUUAAGUGCAUAUCAUUCAUCUUCAGUGUAUUUUAAAGAUGGACUGAAAAAUAAAACACAUGAUUCAUAGGGCCA